UAUAGUUGCCUUCACUCAUUCUCACACCCCACUUGCUCUCUUACACUCCAAAAAACUAACUCUCAUCAAUUACUACACAUUUUUCUUUCUUUCCAACUUCUCACUAUCUAAUCUUGAUUAGUGAAGAGAUUAGCAAAAUUAAAUCACUUUUCAAGAAUGGAUAUUUUUCAGAGGUGCUCGUCGGGAGGGAGUUCGACUUCGUCGGAUUCAUCGUCGGACUCGUCUUCGAUGUCCGCCGGCGGCGGCAAGAAUCCGACAAAGUCGGAGAGAAUCAAAGGUCCGUGGAGUGCGGAGGAGGACAAGAUCCUGACCCGGUUGGUGGACCGGUACGGGGCCCGGAACUGGUCCUUGAUAAGCAAAUACAUAAAGGGCCGGUCGGGGAAGUCUUGCCGCCUGCGGUGGUGCAACCAGCUCAGCCCCAACGUGGAGCACCGCCCCUUCUCGGCGGCGGAGGACGCCGCCAUCCUGGCGGCGCACGGCAAGUACGGGAACCGGUGGGCCACCAUCGCCCGUCUGCUCCCCGGCCGCACGGACAAUGCCGUCAAGAACCACUGGAACUCGACCCUGAAGAGGCGGUGCCAGAUGCGGCGGAGCUUUGAGGAGCCGCCGAAAUCGGACGACGGCGAAAAUACGGCGGCGGCGGCGGCGGGGUCUGGUGGGGUGUAUCCGCCGCCGCCGCCGGCGAGUGUUGGUGGUGGUGAUUGCGACGGCGACGAGUACGACCCCAUGACGGCGCUGUCGUUGGCGCCGCCGGGGACGGGGGGCGGCGGGGCGGCGGCGGAGAAGGGUUUGCCGGCGGAGUUCUGGGAUGUGAUGAGGAAUGUGAUAGCGAGGGAGGUGAGGGACUACGUUACGACGUCGUAUCCGGAGACUUCUUCUGGGUUUCGUUUGUGA